GCCCUCCACUUUCCACAAGUUGUUGCUCUAGUUGCUUCUCGUUCUGCUCUUUGCCCGCUGCUUGUAUCACCAUCAGCCCAUCCCUGCGCUAUCUGCAAGGGGACACACCCAGGGGAUCAAUCACCUCUCCUUGGUAACAGGUAGCAGGUUCAGCCUAAGGUAGCAGGUUCGUUGGUAUGGUAUUCACCCCCCAGGUUGCUUGGCAGCACGAGGAGGAAUGUGGGACUGUGGCAGGGGAAGAACAACAUCAGCAUCUGCAGUGGUUGAGGAUUGAAAGCGUCUUGGGUCUCGGAAGGUUGCUUGGCAGCAGGGCAUGGGGGACUGUGGCAGUGGGCGCAGCAGAGGAGCACCACCUCCUUCUGCAGUGGUUCAGUAUUGAAAGCUUGUUUGAAGGUAACUUGGCAGCAGCGGGAGGCAUAGGAGACUGUGGAAGUGGCCAGAGCAGAGGAGCACCACCACCUUCUGCAGUGGAUGAGGAUUGAAAGCGUAUUGGGUCUCUGAAGGUCUCUUGGCUGCGAAUGGCAGCAGUGCUUGCACCAAUGGCCACUCGGUUGGCUCCAAGGCAGAUUGGUUGGCUCCAUGGCAACUCGGUUGGCUCCAUGGCAACUCA